AUGGUUGGACCUCCAGCAUCAUGGAAUCCCCUUUUUGUUGAGUGGCUUCAAGAGAUUUAUGAAGAAGCCGUAGCUUCUAACAAAACAAGCAGACCCAUCAUCUAUAAGCGUGCCCAAACAUCUCUCAUGCAAUGCCCAAAGCAAUUCGACCAUCCUUCAAAACUCGUCGAGCUUCGGUUCUUUGGACCAGCUAUAUGUCAAAAACUCGAGAAAAAAAUGCAAAAAUACUGCAAUGCAAAAAGUAUCCCAAUGCCUGAAUCUGAUUCUUCAUCAGCUUCUGCUCCACAACGAUCUAGAUCACAACAUUCAUCCACUGGAUCAAUUGAUAUUUACUACGACUCUUCAAAUCAACAAUCUCAAAGAGCUAGAAACUCUUCCUCUGCUGCAAGAUCUCGAACACUUCCUGAUAUUCCUGCUCCUACUUUAUCUGCAAGCAACCCAUACCGCACAACAGCAACCUCUACACCUGACUUUACUACCGGUGGUAUUGGAAGAUCUAGAGCCGCUACUACCUCUCAACGGAAAAGAAAAACACCCGCAAACUCUAUUGUUGAUCCUCCUCGAUCGACCUUGUCUGCUUCAAAUCCAUACAAAACAACUACAGCAUCUACUCCUGAUCUGGCUGUUUCUGGUAUAGGCUCUAGGCGUCCAGUGGCCUCUCAAUCUAGAAAAAGUAAUACCACAACAACAUCUACAAUCCCAAUAUCCAUUGAUAUUGAGGAUGAUGCAGCCGCAUCUUCAGAAUCACAACAAACGGACUCUAGACAAUCAAAACGUCAAAAAUCAACUCGAACUUAUAUACCCCGCCCUGGCUCAGGAGGCUAUGCUAUUUUAAUUACCUUAUUCCAUAAUGCUGAAAUAAAUGGCAAAAGCAAUGGCAUGUCUAGAGACGAAAUUACCAGUAUUGCACAUCAUCUUUCUAAUGAGUCUUUUCAAAGUGAUUUUCAUGCUGGAAGGCGCUACUCGGCAUGGAAUAGUAUCAAAAAACUUAUUGAAAAGGGCCUGGUUUACAAAAACGCCGUUCGCAACCCUAAAUUUUUCAUAACCGAUGAAGGAAUGUUACUUGCCGACAAAAUUCUUCAGGCGGAAAAGGCGGCAAAGAAAGAUACCCCGCUCACAACUUCGGCUCCUGGAUCUUUUUCCAACUCUUAUAGUGCGUUUUCUCGCCCACAAUCAGCAUCUGCUUCGCAGACUGUCGGGGACUUUAUAGACAUUGAUAUAAGUGAUGACGAUUUUGAAGAAAUUAUACGCCCGCCAAGCACUUUAGCUUCUUUUUCAGCAACAACCCCAAAUAAAAAUCAUACCAUUGAAUUGAAUUCUAAAGAAACUCCUAAAAACAAUUCAAAUGGACUUCAAGAUGCCUGGAGACUUGAAAAAUCAAAAUUAACACCUAAUAGUCAAGUUCGUGCUGAACUUCGCAGGCUUACUCAACUCACAGGGAUCCAAGGAAAUUCAAUUUCUACUGCCAAUACUAUCACUUCGCUUCCUGUUUUGCCAGAAAGCUCACCAAUAAAACAAAAUAUAGAAGACUGUGAAAUGGUUCGACAAAUUGAGGAAAUUGGAGCUGAUGGCCGCUAUGAUCGAGUGAUUUGGGGGAGUAAUGACUACAGGAUUGGUCUUUUAAUUGACAACCGUGAGGUUCGCUCAGUAGAAGACAGAAACUACUUUAUCAAUAAACUAGAAGAGCAAGGUGUUUUAGUAGAAGAAAGAGCAUUAGCAGUUAGUGACGUUGUGUGGAUCGCACGUCAUAAACGGACUGGGAAAGUAGCUGUAUUAGACUUCAUUUUGGAACGAAAGCGUCUUGAUGAUUUGCUUUCAUCUAUCCGUGAUGGUCGGUUCUCUGAACAAAAACAUCGUCUUAAAAAAACUGGUAUAAGCAAUAUUACUUACCUUAUUGAAGAAUAUAAUAUAAAUGAACGUACUGCGACAAUUUCUCAAACCAUUGCUACUGCCAUGUCUCAAGCAAUUACGGUAGAUGACUUUUUUUUGAAGCGAACAGCAAGCUCAGAAUCCACUGUGACAUUUUUGGCCAUGAUGACUAAAAGAAUUGAGCAUGAAUAUCGAGGAACUGAUCUCUAUUUUAUUAUUCCUCGAAUUUCGACGCCAUCUUCUUACCGCUAUGCCAUUUUGAGGGCCCGGAUGAAAAUAGAUUCCCGAAAGAAAAAUGGGCAAAUUAACUCAUCAAUGUGCAACGAACCUAUGGGAGAAGGUAAUUUAUGUCUUGGCGUUGAUUUUGAAGUUUUUCAGACGGCCUUAUCAAAAUCUGGAAUGGUCACAGUUAAAGAACUUUACAUUAGAAUGUUGCAAGUGAUAAAAGGAGUCACAUUGGAAAAGGCAAAAAUGAUUCAAAACUCUUAUCCUACUCCUCGUUCUUUGGUUGAUGCAUAUGAUAAAGAGGCAACUGAAGAAGACAAAAAAAACAUGAUUUUUCGAAAGUUUGGAAGUAACAUUACAAAGCUCCGCAUUAGGAAAGAACUUUCUGAAAAAAUUUAUUUGCAAUGGGGAUGUUUAUCGUGA